CGGCGCAGUGUGCGGGCCAGUCGCCCUUCAGCCACCGCCCCAGUUACGACUUGAGCGACACUUCCGGUGUGCCUCACUCAUUUUCUAUCUUGGUCUCGUCUUCUUCUUCAUCUUUCGUCCUUCCUCCGACCUUCCUCAGUGUGCCUUGGUCUCUCGGUGUGCUCGAUCUGUCAUUCACAUCGUCCUCCGAGAUCGAGCCUGCGAAACCAAUCACCCCCCUUUCGAACGAAACGAAACGAACGCAACAUGCUGAUCGGUCUCGUGCGCGAUUCGGUGCUCCAGUGCUUCUGUCACAGCUGCAAGGCCCCGCUGAGUAUCGUAGGACAAAGGAGGAAUAACGCGCCGUUUAAGAAACCCAGCGGCAAGGGCAAACCGCGGACCAAGCAGCCGAAGAAGGUGAAGUUCAUCACGACCGAGAUCCGAUGCCAGGAGAAGACCAAGGGCGGACUGUGCUACGAGGUGAUCCUGGCGGAACCAACGGUGCCUAAGAGAGCGCCAUCGCCGCCGCAGACGAGUCCAACGCAGCAAAUCGCGAUCGAGGAUAAGCUGAAGGCCGCUGAGGAGCGAAGACUGUCCAUCGAGGCGCACAAACUCGCCGCCCUCGCUGCCAAGCUCAGCAAGAUCGAGGAGGCAUCUCGCAAGAAGGAUGAGCUUAGCACGGCUUUCAUGGUCGCGACUCGCGAGUCCUUGGAUGCUAAGAUGAACAACACAGAGGAGAAGCGAGAGGCUCAUAUCGCCGAUUUAAAGAACAAGCUAAAGGAGCAUUUGGAGAGUGUUGAAAAGACUCGCUUGAGUCUCGAGCAACAAACCGAGGAAGUGCGAUGCGCCGUCGAAGAGAAGCUGAAGACUGCUGCGGCUCAGCGUGAUGAGAAUAUCAAGAGAAUGCUGGAUCGUCUCAAGGAACAUGAGGAGCAAGUAGCUCGUGUACGUCAAGGAAUGUCGGAGCGCGUACAGCAGUUGGAGUGUCAAAUUCAGGGCAAGCUGGAGCAGGCACGUGAACGUCGCGAGACUAUCGAGCGCGAGCAGAAGGAGAAAUUGCGCAAUCAUAACACGGUGAAGAUAGCUCAAGUACGUCAGAUGGCAGCGCAAGAACUCCUGGUGAAAAAGUUCGAGUUUGACAAGAGGGUGUCGACUGCGGAGCUGAAUCGGGAGCGAGAGAUCCAGCGCCGCGUGCAAGCGAUUCGCCGUCACCAUGAAAGGCGUGCUGAGAUUGUGAGACAGAAUAAGGCGGCAAACCGCCAGGAUAAUAAUGCCGUAAACUCACCGCAACCGAUUCUACCGGUGGAGAAUGAGACCGCCAGCUCCGGCUAAGUAUCCAAUAUUCUCUUCACGGCCGCUCGAAUGCCCCCGCAAGACUCCGUUUCGCUUUGUGCCAUUAUUUUCUGACUCGAAGUAAAACGGGAGGUCGAUCACGCGUAUCGGACAUGUCUGUAUUUCGAACUGGAGGGAUAGAGAAACAUAUCGUUUCUCCCUGCAGUUUCUCAAUAGUCGCGCGGAUAAUACUGCCUUUAUCAAUUUUUAUUCGCAUAUAUUAUCAAAAAAGAAAUGUGAACAAACGGAAGUUGUUGGUUAAAUUAUUAUUUGUUGCACAAAAAAAUGUUUAAUGUAAAUGAGGGACUAUAAGAGUAUUUUUGUAUAUGGCAUUUUUUUUUCUUUUUUCUUAAUUAUAUAUUUAUCAAUUGACUAAAAUGGGAAGGUACAAAAUAUAAAUUUUUAAUAUCAGUUUUGUAAUACAUAUUAAAAAAGGCGAAAGCAAAACAUCUUAUGUGGAGAUGUCAAAUUUGGCUUUUAAGCCAUCAUCAAUUUAAGUCCUUCAAAUAUACUUAAAAAUUUAAAAUACUUUAAAUACUUUAAAAUUUAAUUUUAUCUUGGCAGUUUUAAAUAAAUUAUUCUUUAUUUAAAAAAUGGCCAUAUUUUUCGAAAUGAAUCUUCAGGUUGCUGUAAAAGUUCGAAUUUUGCAUCGAGGUUUAUAUUAUUAUCGAAGGAAACAAGAAACAUUCCUAGAUUCUAAAAGUUUCUGAUAUUUAUUU